GUCUCGGUUUGGACAGACAUCUAAUGGCUGAUUGGAUGUGGUAAAUUUGUAGGAAUAGCUGUGGGAGACUGACAAUGGGAGGCACUCUGGCAAGCCAAAGAACCCUGGAGGAUUUCGAACAAGCUCGUACUAAUGAAGACCUUCCACCAAGAGUGGAUGAGAAUGACACAGCAGUAGUGUUGGAUAACUACCCUCCUCCUGGUAUCUGCAAGCCUAUAUUUCGAAUGGGAGAUUGGCUGAAAAUAGUGUCCGAGGAAGGGUACUGGUGGAAGGUCUACUCGGUCAACACUAAGGAAGUGAACCAUAUACCACACUGUCAUGCCACAAAAGUCUACCAUGGUUGGCUGUUUGAAACCGUGACCAGACCAAAAGCUGAGGAACUGCUUCAACUCCCAGGAAACCGAGUGGGGUCAUUUCUGAUCAGAGAGAGCACAAAAGGUAUGUACACCUUAUCUGUGCGCCACAGAAAUAUUAAGCAUUAUCGAAUAGUUCGAAUGCCAAACAACUGGUACUUCAUCGCUCCACGCCUCACAUUUCAAUGUCUGGAAGAUCUGGUCAACCACUACUCUGAUAUAGCAGAUGGACUGUGCUGUGUUCUAACUGGCCCAUGCUUGACCGCCUGUGAAACACCCCUGAGUAAGAUCACAAAAACACCUGAUGGGAGAAAAUUAUCCUUUGACUGGAGAGCAGUGAACAGCUCGGAGCUCGUCCACCAGAGCACAAGCCCUUCAGGGGUCAGCUAUGGGGUUCAGAACAGUGUCUCUUCCUACCUGUCUUUGCUGGGACAGCAAGAGAAGCCAGAGAAAAAUAAAUUUAGCAUGAAGAAGAGGUGGAGGUCUGUCUACAUGACACCAAACCACCAGCUUGACAGUUUGGCUACUGUGGAAGACAACUAUGAGGAGGUGCUUUGAUAGAUCACAGCUGAUUCAUUCCAAGAGCUCAAAAGCUGAUAGAGGGAUAUAUAAAGGCAUUGUGUGUUGACUGGAAAGAGACAGACUUUUUGUCAGAGAAUCAUCUGAACAUUUAAAACAGUUCCUCAAGCAUGUGUUUAUUUAAAUGUAGGCUUACGAAGCUUUGAGUCUGAAUGUUUUAAGAUGCUUGUGCAACCAUGUGUCAUUAUUUUUGGAUUGGAGAAUGUUGCUUUUACUGUAAAUGUGACCUCAGACAUUAGUGUUGUUACAUAAAACAGUUGUGUCAUGUAA